AUGGGAACCUUCAAGAAGCGAGAGGCCAAGAUGCCCCAGCGGCACCGCCUGGACACAGGCUGUGAGACACCCGAUGGCGACUGCCAGAUCGAAGUCGGCGGAACGCGUGAGGUCCAAGUCUGCCGAGGAGUGCGGCCUCGUCGACGCCGCCGGACACCAGGAUCACCAGAGCGCAACUCGAGGCUCGAAGGCGACAAAGGCAUGCUGGGUGACCCGCCGUGUGGAGGAGCUGGAGCACGAAUGGAAGCUAUGCCAGAUGUCGCCGACAUAGAGCUGGACAAGCCGAUCCUGGAUGGAGAGGACGACUUCGAGGAGGAGAACGACGAGACGAUCGAUGUGGACGCGCUGAAGGAUGCGGAGGAGGAGAUCGAUCCGGGGACAUCUACGAGAAGGCCAGGCACCUUGCAAGUGGAUCAUCUGUUGAGCUUCUCCUGUGAGAUGCUCUACGGGAACCGUCUCCUACUCCACUUCUUGAGGGCAUUCUUGGCGCAAGGUGAUCAGUCCAAGCGCCUUACACCCUUGGCCUGUUCCCCUCUUAAGCUUCUGCGUGAGUGGGCGUCGGGCGUCGGAUGCGAUCGGGGCUCCGUGAAUCAGAUGAGCCUGGCGCGGAUCGUUGCAAAGUUGUCUCGCUGCUCUCAGGACGUUGCCAUCCCUUCGUCUUUGCUGGAUCGGCUGGAGAAAGGCCACCUCCGGUACGUGAUCAACCAGGACCUCGCCUUCGACGAAGCCCGGAAGAGGAAUGAGCAGAUUCGGCAUGCUGCCGAGCAUGCUUUCAUCUGGAUGGAUGCGAAUGAGACGCUCCGGAAGGCCGUCAAUGCAAAGAUGCGACACCUAAGGCCUACCCCGUCCGGGCCAGCGGUGGUUGCAGCGAUCGAACGACGAGAGGUGGAAUCUUCCAAGGUGCUGAAGGAGCUCAAGAAGGAGUUAUUGGACCGUGGACGCCCCGAGGUGGAGGAGAUGUCCGAUGAGCCGGCCGCCGAAGGAAUGGCUGAGCCCUUGGAGUUCAGUGAUGAUAGUGAUAGCGUCGACGAGCCUCCUGAACCACCUGUGAAUCAAGGAGGUUCUGGAGAAGUACGAGCCAGGUCGCGGAAUCUUUCACGUUUACUGGAGCUGGCGCUUGGAUGGAUGUUGCAAGCUGCCCGACACCACGGGCGGUCUGCAUGUGUCACGGACAUCUCCGAGAUUACGGACACUGUGACGACGAAGAUCAUUGAGGCCUCCAAGAACGCUCCCAUGCAGAGCAUUGAGGAGCCGGUCACAGGAAAGCCCAGGCAAGAGUUUAAGUGGAACAGCCUGGACCAAGACUGGAAGGAAGCCUUCGUGGCUCCCCUCAAGAAGGCUAUCGAUGUGUACGCCGACAAUGAUGCCAUUGAGCCUGUGCCUCUGGAAAUGCCCGUGCCUCCCGAGAAGGUCCUGCCCUCCGGCUUCCGGUUGGCGAACAAGAGCGAUGACCCUGCACUGGAGAAGGCCAACCUUCGAGCUAGAUGGGUCCUCGCAGGAAAGUAUGCUACAGAGGCCCCUACGCCGAUCGACUUGGUCCGGCUCACGAAGGAAGGCUUCGGACUUGAUGAAAGCCCUCGACUGCAGGUGGAGUUGAAACUGUCUCCCGGAACAUUUGUGCUGCACCUCAAUGGGAAGCUCUGUGGCGUGAUGGCCAUCCACGUUGAUGACCUCCGAAUGGCCUGCGCUCCGAAUGCAUGGGCCAUCACAGAGAAAAACCGCACCGUGUUCCACUUCGGAGAGUGGAAAGACGCCACCAAGGAGACGGUGAAGUUUUGUGGGCGAUGGGAACGCCAGUGCCCGACCACGCUCAAGAUCACGGUGACGAUGGAUGGCUACGCCCCGAAGCUCAAGUGUCAAGGCCAGCUGAACUGGAUGGCUAGGCAAGGGCGCGCCGAUUUGGCUUACGGCAUCUCCCGCAUUCAACAGAUGGCUGACGUCCGAGAUCCGGACACCAUAAAGAUGCUGAAUCAGCUGGUGAAGAAGGCAAGGGAGCCCUAUCAGCUGAUCUACCAGCGCCUCCUGGGCACCAUCGCGGACCUCGUCUUCCUGGCGGUGAGUGACGCUUCUUGUGGAAGUUUGCCCCGUGGACGGUCUCAAGGUGGAAUGAUGAUCCUGGCUGCCAAUAAGGAGAUCCUGGAGGGCGAGAGCUUGGUGAACUGCCUCCUCUACCACAGCGCUGUGCUAAAACGAGUGGUGCGUUCCUGGUGGUCGACCUCCAGAUGGUCCGAGAUCCUCGUGCUGGACUCCAAGACGGGCUACGGCGCGCUGAACAGCAUCAGCAACGGCGAGGACAAGCGGCUCGCCGUCGACGUGGCGAUGAUCAAGGAAGCCAUCUUCGAAGAGGACUCUAACCGAUGGGUCAGAUGGGUUGCUGGCCUGACCAUCCCGGCAGACGGGUUGACCAAAGAGUAUGGCAACCCUGUUCGCGACAAGGUCAUGAAGCGUGGCCCUUGGAUCGUCAGCAGCUCCAAGUGGGGUUGGUGUCGAGUUCUCGAAUAUUUCCAGCUGCUGACUCCGCAGGUCAGUCUGAUACAACUGAAGCCGGAAGCCCAGUUCUGGACGCUGCUGUGGGGUCCCUUCUAUGUUGCGAUUUCGAGUGGCAGGGCUUUUCUCAUGGUCCUCUUCCAGCACCAUGGCGUGAAAUGCUCUUCUUAUCAAGUGCAUGCAGGCUGUCUGCGAUGUCCCUUGUUUGCAAUUGCAGUUCCUGCACGGUUCCUGGCUAGGAUGUACUAUGCAAUGAGCUACUUCCCCGCACUAGAGAAGGAGAUGGGAUCGACGACCUUCUUGCUCUGGAUGUUUCUGAUCAACACUCUCACAAGUCUGCUUUAUCUGGCAAUUAUGUUUUGCCUUUUCUUCAUUUACGAUGAGCCGUACUAUUUGCUCCAGAGUUUGCGUGGGUAUGAGGCUCGGACUCCCGUCUGCUUCACAUUGGAUUCUCUUAGGGACCCAGACAGCUCGACGGACUUCUGGGGCGUGGUCACGAUUCCGAACAGGUGGUACCCCCUUGCAUUAACGGGCCUUUUCACGCUCAUCAACGGCAGGAUCAUGUGGGAAUUUCUGGUGGCGUUGGCCAUCGGCUACGGCUACCCAAAGCUACGCCUCGAGCGGCUGCUUCCCUCCAAAACCCGCGUAGAUCGCCUCGAGCAGAAGUGCAGAGGACAGCACCGAGCUGUGCUGCAGGAGACUCGCAUACGAGUCUUCGCAGCCCAGGCCUUCGGAGGCACUGGCAACCGCCUUGGCGAGGCUUCGGGUACAGAGAUGCAGGCCAGGAUGUGGGCUCUGGCCGCAAGCGUUUGUGAGGAGAGCGGCCAAGGUCCCAGCGAGGACUUCCGGGACCUGGGCCCCGAGGCCGCCUGGUCGCUAUCCUCGGCGAAGCCAGGAGUGGAGCAGCUUCGUGAUGGCAGCACUGACACCUUCUGGCAGUCGGACGGACCCCAGUCCGGUCCCGAAGACUUGAAUUCAACACCGGGCUAG